AGAAUGGGGUAUUUAAAUUCGCAAAAAGGUUGCUCUCGACUAUCGAGCACCACCGCCAGAGCAGCAAGAACACCUUCUUUGAGCGAUCGCUUAGGGUAAAGGACCAACUUCUAAAAUGUCUUCUCAAGAAGUCCAGAAGGCCGUCUUGAGCAUCUCCAAGGCAGAAGAGGUGAGACAAGAAACCACUCUCCUGAUGAAGCCCUAUGCCAACUGGGAAGAGUUUCUGAUGCCAGGCCCACUCUCGAUUGCCAUUCUUGGAGAGUUGGUAUUCAUUUCUUCAAAAGAUGACUUCUCCAUUAACAAGAAUCCUCCCAAAGAUGGGUUCAAAUAUAUCCGCUAUCCGGAAUCUUUCCGUGCUUGUCUCAUGCAGGUGACAAAUACUGGGUGGCUGGCUUUUAACGAAGCUCACAAGAACAUGGAUCAAAUCCGACUUCACUCUUCCAACAUACCUGGUUAUGUGAAGAUGACUGUGAAGACACUUCUUCAAGAUAACCUAGACCUUGUUAAAGCUCUUCUUCCAGGUCAGCUGCAAAAUAUACAUGAUAUCGCCAAAGAGUGCACAAGACUGGCAGAUUCAACAGAAAAGAAAUUUAUGGAUGUCAUUUUGCUUAUCCAAGAGAUUUUGGAAGCUUGCAUGAAUGCAAAACUGCUUUAUGAAGAAGAUCUGAAAAAUAUCAAGCUGAAGCUGGAGGAAGCCGAGAUGAAAAAGGCGUCAACAGAAAUGGCAAAAAAAUUGGCUGAGGAAAAUCUGACCCGGAUGACUAAGCAGCUGGAUGAGGCUCAAGAUCAAUUUAAGAAGGCGAUGGAUUCAAUGCCCAGUGGCUGGGAAAUGAUUGGGAUGAAUUUUGUGGAAGGUCUGGCAGAUUCCGUGAAUAGUCUUAUUUCUGGUGCAGUAUCUGUGUUGUCUUCGCCAAGUAAAAUCACUAGUGCUGUUAAAGGUUCCACAGGAUCUGAAUCUACUCCAGCUAAAAGUGACAACCCCAUGGCCGUUAACAAUAUAUAUUCCAAAUCGGCCCAGCUUCUUAAACUGUCCCAGCAACUGCAGACCUUCGUGGAGAAAGAUCAGAUCAAAUGGACUGAGAUCUAUGAUGCGAAGAAUGAAUCUUCAAAAUCUGCCUGGAUUGAGAAACAAUAUGAAGAUAUUGAGAAGAGUGUACAGGGUGAAGAGGAAUGCAAGCCCAAAGGAAAGGUCCUGGAAAUUUGUCAAGCUGCGGUUUCUAUUUGUAAAUUGCUGACCCAAUAUGCACCAAAAAAAGAUUGUCCCGAAGAAGAGCAGAAGAAAAUCCUUACCCAGAUAAGCAGUCUGAAAGACAGCUGUGAGGUGUUUGACUCGGAAAGCAAAGCGUUCACAAACUCCUCUGCCUUCCCUGCUACUCCACCAAAUAUCGUCCACCAAGCGAGUGAUGGAAAGAAAAGCGCGGGUGAAAUGGCCUCUGAAAAUGCAAGGUUCAAAAUUGAGCAAAGCAAGGCCCAACUUUCACAAGUGCAGGACAUGUACCAAAAGAGUAUGGAGAACUUGGAGAAGAACAACAAGGAGCUCACAGAGAUUCUUGUCACCAUGCAUAGCUGUCAGGUGAAGGAGAUUGACUUUGACACCACCGUGAAGAUGCUAGUCAAGGGCCUUGAUGCAAUGGGACGAGUGAAGGAGCAGUGGGAGAAAAUGGUUCACUUCUUCCAGAUGAUCUCUAAUUUAAUCAGUACUUGCCUGAACACUACUUUGAAUCAGUUUGUCACAUCCGCUGAAUCUCUGCAGUCUGUGACCGGCUACAACUCCAACCGUUUUGUGGUAGACAUGAUCUACACCCAGGCCUUCCAAGCAUCCAACAUUGCCAAUCUGGUCCACAUGAUUGCUGAAACUUACACUGAGGUCUCCAACCUGUAUCUCAUGGACAAAGUCAGCAGCCUUGGAAAGCUCAUGGCACUGGACCCCAAUAAUCCUCAAUUUGAAUCGGAACGUGGAAAGUUGGCCAGUGAUUGUGAAUCUGCCCAGAAUGGCAUAAAAAAUCUUGUCCUGAAGAACAAGGAAGAGUUUGAAAGCAGUGUGAAUUCACGAGUGCAGAAGAUUGAAAGUGAAUUACAGUCUGUGUUGCCUCCGAUUUCUGAUGUAGAACAAAAGAAGAUUCAAUCCAACAUAUCCACUGGGAUAAAGAAUGUAAGCAAGGAAGAUGAGGGUCAGUUUGAAUAAUGGAGCUACACACUGAGCGUUUUGGUUUGCUUUCACAAAUCCAUGAUUGUUCUUGCUGCUACUUUUAGAAUUUAAGGUUUACACCACACCACAAGGAAGGUUAUGAUACUAAGGGAGAUGAUCUCUUAAGCACAAUGCUCUUCAUGUUUUUUUCUGGGAUGAACUGUAAUUGUAAGGACAGCCUCUAACUGGACUCCACUACUUCUUUAAAAGUAAAACCUACUGCAAAGUUUAAUUUUCUGUACUCUAACAACUUGAUAUAUUCAAAAAGCUAUGAAGAUGAACAGGAACUGCUCCCUUCUUGCAGGAAGGGGAGGUCUAUGAAAACCGAAGUCGCUGAAGGACAUGUUUUUGGUUGGGGAGAAAAACAUUCACUUCUACAGCAGCCAUUGAUCAAAAAGUAAACUUGAAGAGCUGGAAUUCCUGAAAUGUCAUGCCAUAAAUAGAGGAUCACUAGGCUAAAAAUUCAAUAAAUCUUUGGUUGCUCUAGCAUUCCAUAGUGGACAUCUUGUGUUCAUGUGUCAUUUUUAAAUGUUCAUGUGGUGUGUUUUGUAACUAAUCCUUUCACUCCAGGGUGGUUUUUGUAGUUACAAAAUCCUAUGCUAUGAAAGACCUAUUUCAAGGAAUUGUGGGUUUACUAGUAAAAUAAUAUGGAUGUUUCUUUCUGUCAAAUAUGUGAUGCAAUAAGAGGACAUGUCCCUUUUUUUUGGGAUACUUGGUCUUUUCAGAAUGUCGGUGUACAAAGAUGUGAAAACCUGAAUCGGCUUGUGAUUAUGUGAGUUUGAAAAAUUUUCAUGGCAUUCACUAAUUCUUUCUCAUUAGUUUUGAUUGUUUGGGGAAAAUCUGAACAUCAAAAGUUGCCAUGAGUCCUUUUCAAGAAGCCAAGGGGGUUUUUUUGUGUUCUAGGUGGUGCUCCUUCAAGAAGUGUUUAUGAUGGAGUUGAUUUUGAGCAGGGUAUGAAAAUGGAGCCCUUUAGUGGGGGGGAAAAAUGGAUACUGCAGCUUGGCCAUAGUGAAUGGUUAAAAGAUUUGAAUCGCUGUUUUUGUAAACCUUGUGAUUUGUCAAUCAGAAUGAAUACCCAAAUAAACACUAACUUGAGUGAAAU